UUUAUGUUGAAUUACUUGAAUUUGUGAUUCUCUUUACAUUUAAUAUUUAUUCAGAUUUCUUAUGUUUUACUAGUAACUGUUUAUAGUUCAGAUUGGAUUCUAUCAGUUACUUAAAUAAUUUAUCUAUUCGGAAUGGAGGCUGCUACCUUAAAGAAGAAAACAACAGGUCUUAGCAAAGGGAAAUUGAAAAAGACGAUCAAAAAUGUUUUAUGCCGUCCGGAUUCUAUACAUUGGCCAGUUGUACCAGAGGAAGACACCAUAAAUUUAAGGGCAUCUUUAAGCAAUCAUAAAGUGGAGAUUCCAAAAUUUGAGAAAUUGAAAUGGGCAGAGCUAAAGAAUAUUCCUAAAAAUGAAAGACCAAAGCCCCCACCAAUUAAAAAGCCAGAGGGGUUACUAUUUGGAUUAAGAGAAUGCGCUGAAGUAAUUCAGAACAAAGACUGCUCUGCAGUGAUAGUUGAUUCGGAAGUUAAUCCAAAAUCUAUUGUUCAACCCAUAAUAGAAGCCUGCAGAACAGCUGAAGUGCCUGUUAUCUGCCUCAAAAACUUAAAGGAACUGUCUCUCACCAACUUUGGUGUCAAAACUGCGUGUCUUGGAGUCAAACAGGGUUGUCUAUUAGAAAUCUCUAAAAAUAUUAAAGAAUUGGCCAAAAUACAUGCUCCAGUGCAAACAAAACCUAUUCAAAAUGAAGAAGUAACUGACAGAACUGAAACACAAGAUAUCAAAAUGACAGAUAUUAAUAUUACUGAUAUUGAGAAUAAGCUCCUAAAACGAACAUCUAAGAAAAGUAGAGUCUUUGUGCCUCCAUCUGAUAUGGAUACUGAGACCAAGGAUGUUAAGAAGAAAUUCAUUGGACAAGAUUUCAUAGAAUUUUCGGGAAAAACUAAUAAGGAAAAUACCAAUGAUUUAAAGAAUGAUAAACAUGCUUAUAAGAAUAUGCUGCUAAAAAGAAUUACAAACAAUCCAAACAGACCGCAUAAGGGGAAGAAAAGAAAACUGAAAAUGCCAAAUAAUAAGAGAAAGAAACUUUAUUUGUAAUAAGAGUAAUUGCUAUAAUGUCAAAAAAGACAUGCUUAUGAACAUUCCACAAGGAAUGAAGUAAGCAGUUUUCAAAACUUAUUUAUUUAAAUAACCAUUUGAAAACCAUCAAAUUUUAUCAACUUUAGCAUACAUUCUAUAUCUACAGUUAUUAAUGUUGGCGAGUUGGUCGUUGAUAAAAUUUGGCUCACUAAUUACAUUAAUUUAUUAAACAGUACUCCACAAAGAAUUGUACAUAAUUCAAGCCCUCUGUACAGUACUGUAUGUGAAUAGAUAUAUUUAUCUUACGCUUCAAUAGAUGCAUUGCAUUUGAAGUUUAACAAGUUCAAUUUAAUAAAAAUCAAACAUAACAAAUUUGUUUUAAAUUUUAUUAGUAUUAUCUAUAAAGUAGUGACUAUUAGUCCACAUUGAUGUCUGGCCAAAAUUUACUAAACCUACGAUUAUAGAAGAAUAGUAGUGACGAGAAGUUGAAAACACUAGUAACUCAAAAUAAAAAGUAUACCUAUACAUAACGAAAAACUUUAACUAUCUUGUGCUAUUGGCAGAAAUAUACUUAAGAAAUUUCCAAUAUAUAAAUAAUUAAAUUAUUUGCUAAUCUAUAAAUAUAUAAAAAUAUUUUCCUAUUACCAACAACCAGGAAAACAUAUUGCAAAAAUAAGCUGAUAUUUUACAAUAUCUUGAUUUGAACUGAUACAUAGUACCAAUAUUUAUUUAUAAAAUCUCAUGUCUAU